CUCCCCGCGCCACCGGCUGGGACCCGGAAUGCCGGGGGUCUCCGCCCGGGGCCUCUCUCACGAAGCGAGGAGGCAGCUAGCUGUGAACCUCACCCGGGUCGUGACGCUCUACCGUUCCAUCCUGGACGCCUACAUCAUUGAUCAUUGUGAAGAAUAAAUGAGAUGAUGUAUAAAUGGCACCAACAUCCACCGAAUUGUUCAGCUCCCAAACCCAGAAGCCAUGCUCGAUUCAGCUCUUUUCUUCAUUGAUCUACGAUCCAGCCCUUCAACAAGUCCUAUUGGCUCAACUUCCAGAAUAGAUCCAAAUUCACCCAUUUGUCUCCAUUGCCAUUGCUACCACCCUAGGACAAGCCAACAUCAUCUCUCUCCUGGACUACUUCCUAACUGAUCUCUCUGUUUGCUUCCUCUCCUCCAUACCCAGUUCUUCACAAAACAGCCAGAUUAAUCUUUUAAAAAUGUAAAUCUCACCAGGACACUUCUUGCUUCUUAGGUAUUUUGAUGAAAUUGUAAUUCUUUACCAUUACCUAUAAAACCCUACAUGAUCUGUCCCCUGCUCUCUUUUAAACCCCAUCACAUUUCAGUCUCUCCCACAUUCACUGUACUACACUGAUCUAUCUGUACACUACUGAUCUGCCUGGAAUGUUUUUCCUCCACAGAAAGGCAAUUGAGUAGGGUGGUUAAGAGCAAGAACUCUAGAGUCAAAUUGGUUUCAAAUCCCAGCUGUGCCACUUACUAGCUUUUUGACUUAGACAGAAUACUUAAUUGCUGUACUUUGGUUUCCUUAUCGGUAAAAUGGGGGAUAAAAAUAGUACUAUCUCAUAGGGUAAUUGUGAGGAUUAAAUGCAUUAAUAUACGUAAAAUGUUUCAGACAGUGCCUGGCAUAUUAUAGUAUUCUGUGUUUGCUAUUACCUGAAUUUUUAAAAAUUGAGAUAGAAUUGACAUUUUAGUUUCAGGUGUAUAAUAUAGUGAUUUGUAUAUAUUAUGAAAUGAUUACAGUAAGUCUAGUUAAUAUCCAUCACCGUACAUAGCUACAUUUUUUUCUUGUGAUGAAAACUUUUAAGAUCUUCUCUCAGCAACUUUCAAGUGCACAGUACUUUCAAGUAUACAAUACAGUAUUAUUUACUAUAGUCACUAUGGUGUACAUUACAUCUCCAUGACAUUUAUUUUGUAACUGGAAGUUUGUACCUUUUGACCCUCCUCACCCAUUUUACCCACCCCCACCCCCUGACUCUGGCAACCACUGCCUGAAUUUUUUUACAUGUGUUGUUUCCUGUUCAUCAUUCAAGUCUCAGCUCAAGUGUCACCUUCUCAGACAAGUCUUCCCUCAUUGCUCUAAAAUAGUACUGUCUCAAACUCUCCAUUGUUACUGUUUCAUUAGUGUUUUAUUGUCUAUGUGGCAUUUGAUGUUAUCUGAAAUAAGUUUUUAAAAUGUAAGCUCUGUAAGAGCAAGGCUCUUGUCUGUCUGCUUCAUUGUUUGUAUCCCCUGAGCCUAGGAUAGAACUUGGUGCCUAACCAAAGCUCCAGAAUUUGUGUUGAAUAAAUGAAUGAAUAAAAAUACAUUCUGGCAGGGAAUUCCCUGGUGGUCCAGUGGUUAGGACUCGGCGCUUUCACUGCGGAGGGCCUGGGUUCAAUCCCUGGUUGGGGAACUAAGAUCCCACAAACCACGCAGUUCGGGCAAAAAAAAAAAAAAACACCCAACAUUCUGACAUAUAUAAUGUCUGGCACAUCUAAUGGUAGGUUACUAGAUGGUAACACUAAUACUGGGCGUCAGUCACUGUGGUGUUGAGGAUGCAGAUGUGAAGCCACCAUCCCUGCCCUUUAGUUGAGUGGAGGAAACAGACACAUAAAUAAGUGGGGACACUGCUAAAAGGAGAGGUGUGUCCAAAAUGCAGUUUGGGCUCAGAGGAACGAGGGGGAGGCUAGAGCAGGCUUCAGAGAAGAGAUGACAGCCAAUGAGUAGAGGUGCCUGUUAGUUGCAGCCAGUGGCCAUGUGUUGAGUGGGGCAGGGAAGAAUGGGAAGAGUAGUAGCCUGUUGAUUGCUUCUUCCUUUCCCCUACAGGAAUUUUUCACAGACAACCUAUGGGGCACACUCCCUUGCUCAUGGCAGGAAGCCCUGGAUGGACUGAACCCGCCACAGCUGGCCACACUGCUGCUGGGGAAGCCUGGGGAAGGGGAAGUGGCCAGGUAUGGGCAAGAGGGCACCUGUGUUGGGGGGCUUGGUGCUGAGCCCUGCAGGGAGCCAUUGCUCAGAGUCUCACAAGGGCUUCCUGGGUUGUAAACUUGCACACUCAGGAUGCAAUGGGACUAUUCACUGGGGGCCUGGGUGGGCUAUCUCAGGUACAGGUCGGUGUGGCCACUCACCCUGCUGGCCCUGAAGUCCACAGCCUAUGCCCUGGCUUUUACCCGGACGCCUGGGUUUCAGACCCCCUCAGAGUUCCUGGAGAACCCCAGCCAGAGUUCCCGACUGACAGCUCCAUUCCGGAAACAUGUCAGGCCCAAGAAGCAGCAUGAGAUUCGGAGGCUGGGCGAGUUGGUGAAGAAGCUGAGUGACCUCACAGGCUGCACCCAAGUUGUGGAUGUAGGCUCAGGCCAGGGCCAUCUCUCCCGCUUCAUGUCCCUGGGGCUGGGGCUGAUGGUGAAGAGCAUUGAAGGGGAUCAGAGACUGGUGGAGAGAGCCCAGCGCCUAGACCAGGAGCUCCUGCAGGCUCUGCAGAAAGAGGAGAAGAGGAACCCACAGGUGGUCCACACUGGCCCUCGCCACCGCCCCCACCAUGUGGUUAGGUGGGUAGACCCCACGGCCCUGUGUGAGGAGCUCCUGCUUCCACUGGAGAACUCACCUCAGAGUGAGGCCCGCUUGCUGCUGACAGGCCUCCACGCCUGUGGGGAUCUGAGUGUUGCCUUGCUGAGGCACUUCUGCCGCCCUGAGGUGGCGGCCCUGGCCUCAGUGGGCUGCUGUUACAUGAAGCUGAGUGACCCCGGUGGCUACCCACUGAGUCAGUGGGUGGCUGGGCUGCCCGGCCGUGAACUGCCCUACAGGCUACGGGAGGGGGCCUGCCACGCCCUGGAGGAAUACGCUGAGCGGCUGCAGAAAGCAGGCCCUGGCCUCCGAACCCACUGCUACCGGGCAGCACUGGAGACAGUCAUCCGGCGUGCCCAGCCCGAGCUCCGUCGGCCAGGCGUGCAGGGGAUCCCCAGGGUCCACGAGCUCAAGAUUGAAGAAUACGUGCAGCGGGGGCUCCAGCGGGUGGGGCUUGACCCCCACCUGCCGCUGAAUCUGGCUGCCCUUCGGGCCCACCAGGCCCAGGAGAACCGUGUGGUGGCCUUCUUCAGCCUGGCCCUGCUGCUGGCCCCGCUGGUGGAGACACUGAUUCUACUGGACCGGCUGCUCUACCUUCAGGAGCAGGGCUUCCAUGCUGAGCUCCUGCCCAUCUUCAGCCCCGAACUCUCUCCGAGAAACCUGGUUCUGGUGGCCACCAAAAGGCCUCUGGGUGAGACCUUCUCUGUUCUGGAGACUGAAGACAGCUGACACAGCCUGAGGAAGGGCAUAUCUCAGACCCCAUCUGAAACUGCCAGGUACCACACUGGGUGGUGAAGUCUUCACCCACCUCCUCAGCCAGAGAACCAGCAUCCUCCGUGGAAUCCUGGUUCCCUACAAACCUUCAGCUUCAUACCCUUUCUCUCCCUCUGUGUGUUAUGUAACAUUAUGCAAAAAGUUAUUUUUAAUUUAUUAAAAAAUUGAAAUCUUUA